AGGCUGCAGAGCUGUCCCGGGGAUGAGCUGAGCUGGACACAGUGACAUUUGCUCAUGUGCACCCCAUGCCAGAGGUGGGGACAGGAAGCCCAGCCCCAACUCCUGGCUGGACAGCUCCUGCCAUCGAGUACCUCCCAAGCCUCAGCCUGGUUGUGCUAUUUAUUAAUCCAUGAUUAUUUUCCAUCUAAUUGUCUCCCCAGUCCCUUGCUGACAUAUCCCCAAUGCCCUGAGGUGAGGAGUGUUACAGGGUGCUGUGCCAGACCCACCUCCCUGCACCUCAGCUCCGAUCCAUGUGUGUUUGAGCAGUGCCACCUUCAUUUUGCACAGACUGUGACUGGGUCAUCCUCAUUCCUUCCAGGUCCUUACCACAGCCCUCCAGAGCACAUGGAAAUGGGGAUGGCAGUGAAUCAGUCCAGGAGGAGCUGCCACCCCCCAGCCCCUUCCUCUCUUGUCCCUUGUUCCCACCAUGUCCACGUGGAUGCUCUGAGCAUCACGGAGUUACGCUGCCACCCAUGAGGCAGGACUGGAUGGAUUUAUAGUGGUUUUUUCAUGGUACAACUUCUCAGCUGGGAUUUUCCUUGACUGCCUGUGGCCUGUGCCCUGGCUCAGCACUGCCCAGAUAGCAGGAGAACAUCCAUCUCCUCUGCCAUGUUUCCCUGCAUCCAGGGACUGUCGUUCCUUUAUAGAAAACUGCCAACUGCUUAAGAUACAGGGAAAAACUGGAAUGAUUUUCCCCUUGCUUCCUGGCUCCUGCUUUUCCUGGAUUUAGAAUUCUCCUCUACCAAGAUUACCUGAAAGUUUUAAAUUCUUUUCAAGAGCAGCUGAGGUUUGCAGGUGCUGGUUUUAUUCCAGAGCAAAGCCCCAAGAAAAUUACAGGUGCCUGAUGACACUACCAUGAAAACUGUCCAUGCAGCCUUACCCCAGAGCUGUAACAGACUCUGUGCAGAUAUCCCUGAUAUACCCCCUUAUUUUUUAUUUUUCAGCAUGGGUAAGACACUCUUCUGUCUCCAGCAGCUCCCUAACCCUGUGCAGUGUGGGGUCUUGGCAGUGCAAGGGCUAAAAGCACUGUGCCUAGGCAUACUUGGGAAAGCAUAAGAUACCUUGUAGCCAAUAUAGGAGCUACCAAAUUUUAGUCACAAGCUAGAGACACAGGAUGUAACUUGGCAAGAAAUAGGGAACAAAACUUGCAAAAAAUGAAGGGCAGAGCUUGCUGAAACCAGUGAGAAAAUCGCUGAAACAGCCAACAAGAGACUGCACAUGCCUAGAGGAGAGAGAUGAAAAGGGCACGGUGAUGAAGACAUCCAGCCUUCAUCAGAAAGAACCACUGAGGAAUGUUGCAACACGACACGAAACAAACAUCACUCACACACUGAGAUGUCAAAGGCAAAAAAGGUAUAUUUAUUUCUGGACUUCGAUAUUUACAGAAUUCUAAAAGUGACCGUGGAUUGGAGGAUGAAAUUGCUACCUCUCCAACCACACUGGUCAAACUAACAGUCCAUCAAUUCUCUUCCUCCAGAAAGGAACGUAAAACAAUCACUAGUUACAUGAAAAGUGCGUGAGAAACUCCAUUACAAAAAUGUAAACAUCAGAAGGCUUCGAAGAACUUUAGAAGAACAGGGCAACAGAGGAAGACACGGAGCCUUCCUCCGUGCACCCACCCUGGUGCUCUGUGCCUGCUCUCCGUGUGUGCUGAAGAUAAUGAUGGUCCCUUUGAGCAGAGCUGGGGUUCCUCGGCGCCACGCCAAGAGGUCACAAUGCUCUGGGUGGGUGCCAGCGCUGAGGGUUUGUCCUGGCUGCCCUGGGCAGCACCUGAGGCAGAGGAGCCCGAGCCGCCCCAGCCAGCACAGGGCUGGGAGCCAGCUCAGCGAGGGAGCCGAGGCCGGGCCGGCGCUGCGGGGCCAUGUCAGGUGUCCACUACAAGUUCUUCUCCAAGCUGAGCUACGACGUGGUCACAUUUCAUGGCCACAGCAUCUCCCUGGGUGACCUCAAGCGCCAGAUCAUGGCCCGCGAGAGGCUCAAGGUGGCCAACUGUGACCUGCAGAUCCUCAAGGCUGAGACCAGUGAAGAAUACUCUGAUGAUGCACAGAUCCCAAAGAACGUCUCGGUGAUCGUGAAGAGGGUCCCAGCUCGAGCUAUGUGAGUAUCCAUGAAGCUCUGCAUUCCCUGUGAGGGAUGUCAGGGUGUGAACUUCUUUUCUGGAUAUGGGUUUGCAGAGGCACUUGGACUGCAUCUGGUCAAAGCUGCUGGUAAUUUCCUUUUUCGUGUGUAGAUUUUAAUGCAUCUGCUCCAAAGCAGACUCACACUGUUAGGUUUGCAGGGACGUGGGGUUCAAACUCCAACACUGGUAAUUCCUAAGGUGAUUCUCUUGGUUUUCUUCUUGGGAUGAUUGGGCUGAGAGCCAAGUCACAGAUCCUGUUUCUUCCACAUGAGGACAUUUCAGAUUGUAUGUGUUUGCUUUUAUUGACUUCAUAGUAAUGACAGGUACACACCGUAACAAUUACAUAUUAUUAGAAAUAAACUUCUAAUGUGUUCCCAUCUGAGAAAAGCCUGGUUGUCAGUAUUUGACUAUUUCUUGCACUGGGGUUUGGGGACUGUAGAAGAGAGACCUGUCUGUAGAAGAGACACCAAGAAUUCUGGAUGCCUCAGUGUUGUGCUUCUAAACAUGGCUUUGUUUGGGGUUAAUGCAAAUAUGGAUGCUUCAUGCUGGCCUGUCACAGCAUCCUCCCUUUCGGGCUGGCGGGCCCUCCCCUGGUGUGGUGCUGCCCUGCAGUGAGAGGAUGGAUGCUGGCAGUACUCAGACCCCAUCAGCUCCUGCGUGUGACAAUCACGAGGCAAUGGCUGUGCAGCUGCAGCGAUGGCAGUUUCCCAGGCAGAGGAGCUUUCUGUCCCUCCAGCUGGAAACACGGCAGGAAUAUCUGGCAGAGUGGCUGAUAUGUGGGAGGGAUGAGGAUCUGCUGUCACAGGGGUUGUGUGUCUGAUUCCUGAGCACCUGAAUCAGACACAGAUCACUGAGUAUGUGGAGUCUCAGGAAGUCUGCAAAUGUAAUAAAUAGCUCCCAAAAUAUUGUUGCAUUUUCAAGAUCACCUGAAAGGAAAUUCUGCCAAUUAAGACUCUUUUUUUUCCCCCCACAGAGCUCCUAAAUUUCACCAACCCCUAGGAAAGGCUUCCAGGUGACCUUUCUACCACUCUUUGUAGUCACUGUAGCAUCUGUAACACACUGGGCACUUUGGCCCUGUUGUGCUUAAGGAUGGCAGAGAUCUGAACACAGGGCUUGGGCUCCCUCAGAGAAACACCACUCUGGAGAUGGAGCUGCUGGCAGGUCUGGUAUUGCUUUGGCAGAGGAGGGGUUAUCUUUCCCUGAAAGAAACCUGCACUCCUGAGCGUUGACACUGUCACUGUUCUGGCUAAGAAACUACACUCCUGUGUAACUGGUGACCAUAGAAAUGAGAUUUUGGAGGCUUUAGUUGCAUUGGAGGUACCAAGAGAGAAGAGUUUAUGAAGACAAAUAAAUUUCCACAUUCACUCAACUAUCAGAACAUCAUGGUUUGUGGUUCAGGUGUUCUUGUUGGUUUUCACUGCUUGAUGCUGGGUCCAAGUGCUUCAUUUUAAUUUCUGAUCACCUCUGUUUCUUCUGCCAGGAACCAAAAUGAGCCAGUGAGGGGAACAUCCAAGGCAGUACGUAAAACCCCAGCCUCACACUUCUUCCUACACACUGCACUUCAUUCUAAACAGUGCAUCCUUGUAUUAAUUUUCUGGACUUUGAACUUGAAUAUGGUUUAAUUCUUUUGUGAACAGAUUUCUGACUCUUCUGCCCCUCUUUCUCUGGCCCAGCUCAUUAAGGUAUAGAGAUAUUCUUUGUCAAAUACUUGAAAAAAAAUCCUUUGCUUAGUCUUUUAAAAUCUUAUAUGGUGAUCUACAGCUGGAUAAUUGUGGUAAUAUGAUCAAAACUGUAUUUUUAAUAACUUAAGGUGUUUACAGUAAGUUUAAAAUGCAUGAAUGUUGUGAUGCUAUCCCAGAAAGAGAAGUUCCCAGGUCGGGAAGAGGAAAGGGGAGCACCUUAUCAGCCCCAACAUAAUGUUGCAGCAUUACUCCUUUUCAAGACCCAAAGCAGCAGCACUUCAGCACCUGUUUCCCAUUUUCUAUCAUCAGUUUUGCACUGGAAACUAACAGUUUGUGUUGUACAAAUGUGUACAGAAGAACUGAACUGACUGUAAGUUAUGGACAUUUCAGGGAAGUUUGCAGCAGCCAAAACAAACAUUCCUGGAACAAGGACACUUGUGAGGCUUGAGUUUUGAAUUUUUUGCCAUGACAGCUAUAGAUCAAUUCUUCGGGUGCUGCACUUGUUCACAAAUUGGGGACAGUGGAUAACACAAUCUCCUUUGUCUGAGUGCAGACAGUGUAAAUUAUUUUGGUAUCAUUAUUACUUUGUAAAAAGUGCCAUAUUUGAAUCUGGGUCUAUUCCUAGGCAUGUUUUGGUGGGGUUUGGCUGUGUUUUGUAAACUAUUUGGGUUCAAACACAUUGGUGAAGUGUCUGUAGAUUUCUCUGUAAAUGUUGAUGGAAAUGAUUCCAGAGAGGUGGAUCUGGAUAUUGUUCCUGUACAGAAAAACACUGUGUCAAUGAAACACCCAUUUAUUAAAUCUCUGAAUUGGUUGCUUUUGUGAAGGAAUAUCUGUGAAAGCAAAACCUCAAGAGAUUGAUCUCUCCUGGGCUGCGUGGAGGCUGUUGUCUUUGGCUGUGGAGGCUAAAACGUGUUCUUCAUGUGUAUGUCCAACCCUCCCCUGUCACACAGACCUCGAAUCUGGCUGAGGCCAAUGCUGCAGAGGAGGAGAAGAUCAAAGCCAUGAUGAUCCAGUCCUGCCGUUACUAUGAGCCCCUCAAGUAAGUGUUGGUAAGGUCAAAUCUGGUCUUGGAAGAACAUGGAAGAAUCACGUUUAUCUCUGACAAAGGAUCUGUUCUGACAAGGGACACACAUUCCUACCUUCCUCUUUUUUUACCCCGAAAAACUUGCAGUGACCUGAAGCCACCCUUGGGUCCUGUUCCAUCAUCAUCUACCAGCCCUGUUCCCAGGCUUAAAAGGAGCUCAGGAAUUCCUAUGAGUUUUAUGGUGGAGGUGAAGGACCCCAACACAAAGGGAGCAAUGCUUACUCCCAGUGGGAAAUAUGCCAUCCCAAUUAUUAAUUUGUAAGUAUGGAUUGAAUUGCACUGACCAAAACUGACCAAGAGAAGCCAUGGGGAAAUGUCUGAGUGGCAAAGCCACCAUAAUGGCCACCACCUGUCCUUCAGGGCAGAGAGUGUUGCCACUGUAGCUGAUCCAUCCCAGCGGUCACCUAAAAAUCCCAGAUUCUGUAAGCAAGGAAAUAACAACUGAAGGACAAGAACAGGACAAAUCCAUUGUCCCAAGGCAGCAAUGCAGAGAGUCCAAAAUCCAUCCAUAGCUCUGGAAGUUCAUUGGGCACAGGAGAGUGGAGAGAGAUGGACCCUCCUGGAUGUUUUUGCCCUCACACAGUAGCUGCUCUUCUGCCUUGGCAGCAGGAAUUUCUCCAAGGUACCAAGUUCUUCCAAGGACAGCAGUGUUAUGGCAGCAGCUGAGAAAUGCUUUCACAUGAGCAUAUGGAGAGGAAAGAAAACAUGUAAACCAAAUUUCGGAGGAAAACAAGUGAGGAGAGAAACAGUUUUGAAUUAAAUUCAUCAUGUCCUUCUUUCACCCAUACAGAAGACAACAUCCACAGCCAAGGUCUCCAGCUGGAAUGGAGCCUCCAAUGAAGAAAGUCAAGAAAGCAGACAAGCCAGUUUAAGUCAUGUUCUUCAUUCUUCAUUCCUGUUCUGUAUUCAUGUUCGAAAUUGUUUGCUCUUCUUUUUUGUUCUACCUUCCUAUUCUUAUUUCAUUGUUCUUUAUUCACUGUUGUUAUUUCAUGUUGGUGAUUAAUUAUUCACUUCUUGUUCUUGUUCUUCAUCACUCUUCUUAUUUCAUCUUCCUGCAAUCUCUUGCAAGACCGAUUUGGACAAUAAACAACCCAGCAUGGAAAGGAACUGAUUUUGCUCUACUUUUCCCUAGAUGUGCUGCUUCUU